CUCCCGGGACGGCCGCGCGGUGCCGCCGGGCACGGGGCCGCAGUGCCCAGUGGGGACGACGGGGCCGCCGGUGCCGGUGUCGGUGCCGGUCCGGGGCAGCAGCGCUCUGGCGAGCAGGGCCGCACGCUGCGAGGCGGCCGCCGGGGCCCGGCACCGCCGUCUGAGCGUUCAGAGGGAGGGUCAGGCUGGAUUCGAGGGAAAGCUCCUGUAUGGAAAGGGCUGCCCAGGGCAGAGGUGGGGUCACCGUCCCUGGAGGGGUCCCGCAGCCGCCUGGGUGUGGGAGCCGGGGACAGGGGCACGGGGCCAUUGGCGGCGCGGCUGCACUCGACGGCCUCUGUCUUCUGCAGCCCGAGUGGCUCCGUGAUUCUCUUCUGUCUGCAGGCGGAGCCCGGGGCCUCGCCUGAGCCUGUAAACACCUGCGACAAACGGGACGCGGGAGGGAACUUGGGAGCUGCCGUGAUUUUAUGGCUCGUAAGGAAAUGUAGCGAAGCGAUAAGAAGUACACGCUAAACUGUAUGGCAACCAGCUAAAAACCCCAUUUACGGGGGCUAAGGUUGGAAGGCUGCCAACAUGUCUCGAGAGACUGGAAGUGAAGCACAGCAGUCUCAGAGUGCCCAGCAGACACAGAGUGGUACCAGUUCUUCCAGUGGGUCACAGAGCACUAGUCAGUCUUCCUUAAGUUCUGGAACUCUCAGUUCCUUGGACACUGUUCCCACUCAGGAGCUCCCGUCCAUCCCUGAGGACCAGGAAUCUGAAGAGCUGGUUCCUCAGCCUUGGGGUCGACUCUUUGCACUUGGAAAAGGUUUCAGCAACUGUGACUGCGUGAAUGAGGAAUACUGGUUUGGGAGGGACAAAAGCUGUGAUUACAGUUUUUCUAAGCUGGGAUUGUCUGAGACUGGCUUUUACCAAAACUAUAGCAAGAAGCACUUCCGAAUUUUCAGGGAAAUGGGUCCAAGAAAUUCCUUUGUUGCCUACAUUGAAGACCACAGUGCAAAUGGGACAUUUGUUAAUAGAGAGCUCGUUGGAAGAGGGAGGAGGCUUCCACUGACACACAACUCUGAAAUUGCGUUGUCUGUACAGACCAAUAAGGUGUUUGUAUUUUCUGAUCUUACGGUGGAUGAUCAGAUGAUGUUUCCUAAAGAAUUCAGAGAGAAAUAUAUCAUGUCAAAGACUUUGGGAAGUGGUGCCUGCGGAGAAGUCAAACUGGCAUUUGAGAAGAGCACCUGUAACAAGGUUGCAGUGAAAAUCAUCAAUAAACGGAAGUUUGUGGCAAGUGGCCUGAGUGAUGAAAACCCAGGUUUAAACAUCAAUACAGAAAUUGAAAUUUUGAAGAAAAUAGAUCAUCCUUGCUUAAUCAAGAUUAAAAAUUUCUUUGAAGCAGAGGAUUACUACAUUGUUUUGGAACUGAUGGAAGGAGGAGAAUUGUAUGACAGAGUGUCAAGGCCAGUCAAGAUGAAAGAAAAUAUCUGCAAGUUGUACUUUUAUCAGAUGCUGCUGGCAGUGAAGUAUCUUCAUGACAAUGGAAUUAUACACCGAGAUCUAAAGCCAGAAAAUGUGCUGCUUUCAUCUUCUGAAGAGACAUGUCUUGUAAAGAUUACAGAUUUUGGACAAUCCAAGAUUCUUGGAGAAGCUUCUCUUAUGAAAACAUUAUGUGGUACUCCCAUGUAUCUUGCUCCUGAGGUUCUAAAUUCACUUGGGACUGCUGGAUACAGCCGAGCUGUGGACUGCUGGAGUUUAGGAGUUAUUCUUUUUGUAUGCUUGUGUGGAUAUCCACCAUUCAAUGAGCAAAAUACUCAACUUUCUCUGAAGGAUCAAAUCACUCAUGGAAAAUACACAUUCAUUGCAAAAGAGUGGAAGCAUGUGUCAGACAUGGCUCUGGAUCUUGUGAAGAAGCUGUUAGUGGUGGAUCCAAGCAAACGUCUUACCACAGAGGAGGCCUUGGAGCAUCCUUGGCUGCAGGAUGAGGAUAUGAAAAUUACAUUUGAACAGCUACUUGCUCAGACACGUACCAGUAUGAACCCACCAGAAACAUCAAAAAUGCCAACCACCACGAGAAAGCGUCCCCAUGAGAAUGAGGAAGACAAUGGCUCUGCUAAGCGUGCUGUUCCUUCUACCUCCUAUCAGAAAAUGAGGUUAGGCAUGGAAAUAAUGCUUAGUCCUAACAGAUGAAGAAGGAAUACUAAACUUGCUGAGCUUUUGCCUGAGACACAGCAUUACCUGACACAAUGCUGCCCACAGACUUCUGAGGACACUUAGACUAUUCAGUUGAGAUGUAGAACUUCUGAUGGACCUUGAGGUGCUCUGGGCUUGAGGUAAAGCUCCACAGUAAAUGCUGGACUGGCAGAAUCACAGCAUUGUGCACUGGGAUGGGGCUGAUUGGCUUCCAAAGCAACAGUUCCCAUCUGCAUGGUGUUUUAACAUGUGUGUACCAUGUUUAUUUCCCAGAGGAGGGAUGAGUAAGAGGAAACAUGAUAACAAGAGAUGAAAUAAAGAUGUAUAAAUUCCUGUCGGGGAAGAACUAGGAAUUGAACUGAGAGAGAAAAACUUGCUUGCCUGUUAGGUGAAAAUUUUAAACUGUGUGCCUUUUACUAAAGGAUUAUUAACUUCAUUACUGACUGAAAGAACAGUUUAGUAACUGUGUUCUCCAACAUGCAUCUUCUGGUUAAAGGCAUCUACUCUAAGACUGUUGAUUUGUAAAGAAUAAAACCUAAUGCAUUAUGGAAUAAACCCAUGUCAGGUAGGAAUUAAGAUAUUCAUGAGUCACUUUCCUGUAUGUGCCCAUUGCAGAGAUCUUG